UUCUUCCCUCUUCUUCUAUAAAGGGGUGAAGUCUGUCACAUUGGCUAUAGUGUGGGACUAUAUCAGCGCAUGUGAGACAGAGACAGAAGAGAAGUUGAUGAUAGUCCCAAGUAUUGAGACCCCCGGCCCCCUCCAGAAGACACCAACACCUUCUGCACCUGCACUGCUGUUAUCUUAGACCCUAAAGUUGUGUUACACAAUGGAACUCUUCCUCAUGGCCCUAUUUCUCUGUAACUGGAUCACAGGUACACAGCAGCUGGGGCUCACACAAACCUCAGGGUCGCUGACAAAGGAGAAGUCAGAGACAGUAAAGCUGGAGUGCAAGCCUGGACCUAAAGAGUCAAUGGAUAAUGCCGUGUUCUGGUUCCGCCAAAGGAAAGACACAAAAACUCCCGAGUCUAUUUUAUAUCUCAGCUCAGUGUCCAAGCAGAAGCUCAGCGAUGAUAAUGCCUUUAAGCAUUUUAAAGCAAAUAAAGGGGCAUUCACAUUCACCCUAGACAUAUUCCCAUUCCAGGAGAAGGAUGAAGGAACUUACUACUGUAUGAUUAACAUCAACUCCGUCCUUUCUAUCAGUCCCGGGCUACAACUAUUCUACCCUGCUGUAACAACUCCAGCGCCAACGACCACAAAGCCACCUACGACUACCACCAAAAUGGCCGACCCAGACAAGAAAGAUCCGUGUGGCUGCAAUGGGUCCAAAUCAGAUCCAGUGACAAACGAUUGGGGAAUCCAGUGUGAAAUGUACAUUUUGGCCUCUCUGGGGGGACUGUGUUCUCUUCUGCUACUCGCCCUACUGACAACCUCCAUAUUGCUCUGCAAAAGGUCAUGAAGGAAAGUAUUUUCCCCACCAUGAUAUUCUGCCUACUGCUUCAUCGUCAACUCAAUGAAAUUCAACCAAAAAUUAUUUAUACCACCAGUGAUCUUGAAUUAACUUCAAUAACUCAAAUGGUUUUUUAUUUAAGAAAAAACUUGAAUGGGAAAAACCCCAAUUCAAUGAGUUUGAGUCCCGAAUCUUAAUAAAUCUGCCCCUAAAUGUUACAUUGUCUAAUAUUGCCAAUUUAUGUAACAAAAAUGCCUAAUGUAGACAAAGUGUUUUCUUUUGUUUCUCCCAAGAAUUGCAAAUAUUCUAAAAGAAAAUAUCUGUGAUCGUCACAAUACACGUUUAGAAACCGUUGACGGGAAACCCGUUAUUCGGAAGGCUCCAAAUUACGGGAAGGCCGUCUCCCACUGACUUCAUUUAAAGCAAAUAUUUCUCAUUU